AUUUGAUUUUUUUUAUUUUAAAUUAAUUUUUUAAAAUUAUUUUGAUAAUAUAGAAAUAUUAUUUAAUAUAUUUUUAAAUAAAAAUCUAUUGCUACUACUCAUCUCUGUAUUCGUAUAGUGUUCUUUGUAGUGGAACUCUUUUCCAUGAAUGAGUUUAGGGUCAAAUUUUUGACACGAAACAAAGCCCAAAUCCCCUCAUAACCGUUCGCAGAUACACCGGCUUACCAUCAUCUUCCCAAAACACUAGGCAAAAAUGCAAAAAUCCUAACUUCAAAACCGAACCCCCCCUGUUUCCGUUAAAGAGCCAAAUCUCACUCUCUCCCUCAGAUCCACUCUCUCAUUCUAUUCAUAUUUGUUUCUAUAGCCCUACUCUCUCUCUCUCUCUCUCUCUCUCUCUAUAUAUAUAUAUAUAUAUAUAUAUAUAUAUAUAUAUCACAUGAAACAACUAUAUUCAUAUACAGCUCCUUUUUGUUUAAUUUUUGUUCUGAACUAUCUCAAGUUUGGUUUUUUUUUUUUUUUGAGUUUUCAUCCCUUUUGUUUUUCUAUUUGCCACACGGGUUUUGAUGAUUUCUUCAACUCUUUGCCUGGGAUCAUGGUUUUAGCAUACGGGUAUUCUUCUGUUUUAUAAAAUUCCUCUGCGAGUUUUCCAUAUGUCUUGGGGAUGCAAUUUUAUUAAGAUUUUUGUCAAGCUAGUCUCAUGAAUGUGGGCUGGCUUUUGUGUUUGUUUGAUAGAAAUCCUCUUUUUUUCUGGGUUUUCUUGUUGAAUGGAUUGUGAAGAUUUUUUGACUUUACUGCAUAGAAUCUUGAGGUUGGGACAUGAGUAUGUUUCAAUUUGAGGAAGAAAUCAAGAUAUGCUCUCUCUGCGGGUCACUCGCAGAUACCGCAACUUUGCUGCUGCCGUUGCAUUAACUCAUAGCCCUGCAGCUGUAUCUAAUCUCAUUCAGAACCAAAACCAGAAGCCUUUGGAGGAACCUGCACUUCUUAAGCUUAAAGCUGAGAGAGACCCUGAAAAGCUAUUUAAUCUUUUCAAGGCCAAUGCUGAGAAUAAGCUUGUUGUGGAGAAUCGGUUUGCAUUUGAAGAUACCGUUUCUCGCUUAGCUGGUGCUAACAGGUUUGAUUACAUUGAGCAUUUACUUGAGCACCAAAAGACUCUUCCACAGGGUAGGCGCGAAGGGUUUAUGGUGAGGAUUAUAAUGUUGUAUGGAAAGGCUGGAAUGAUAGAGCAUGCUAUUGAUACUUUCCAUAAUAUGCAUUUGCGCGGAUGUAAAAGGACCGUUAAAUCCUUCAAUGCUGCACUCAAGGUUUUGACUGGAACCCGUGAUUUAGCAACAAUUGAGACCUUUGUUAACGAGGCCCCAAAGAAGUUUGAUAUCGAGUUUGGCAUAUUUUCAGUUAACAUUAUUGUCAAGGCUUUAUGUGAAAGGGGUGUUUUGGAUAAAUCAUAUUUGCUCAUGGUAGAGAUGGAAAAGUCAGGGGUAACGCCAGAUGUCAUCACAUAUACCACACUUAUAUCGGCAUAUUAUAAGAAUAACAAAGCAGAGAUUGGCAAUGGAUUGUGGAACCUUAUGGUGCUUAAGGGGUGUUUACCCAAUCUUGCAACAUUUAAUGUAAGGAUUCAGUAUUUGGUCAAUAUAAGACGGGCAUGGCAUGCAAAUGAUGUGACGCGUUUGAUGCAGAAAAUUGGGAUUGUGCCCGAUGAGGUUUCAUAUAAUUUGGUUCUAAAAGGCUUCUUCCAGGUUGGUAAUCUUGAGAUGGCCAAACUGGUGUAUUUUUCCUUACGUGGCAAGGGGCAUAAAUUUAAUGUUAAAGUUUACCAAACAAUGGUUCAUUAUUUAUGCAAGGGUGGGGAAUUUGAUUUGGCAUAUACAUUGUGUAGAGACUGCAUGAGAACCAACUGGUUUUUGAAUGUGGAUACUAUUCAUACACUGCUUGAAGGGCUGAAGAAGAAUGGGCAGCUUAACAAGGCUAAGGUAAUCUUGACUUUAGCCCAGAGGAGAGUGCCACCUUUUCCUUCAAGUCAUUUGAGUUCCAUGCAAGCUGUAUUGUCUAGAAGUUAAUUGGGGUGAUGGAAAUACUCAGAUAAGCCUGAUUCUGUAACACCCAGCUUGACAGCAGGGACUAUUCUUUUCAUUAUAUCAAACAAUACGUUCACAGAACAAAAUGGACAUCAUAUCUUCAUCCUUAACAUCAAACAGAGGACUUCCCCUUUCUUCAAUUAAUUGAUUUUAGCGCCUUGAUUAAGUUCCUGGCGAAAUGAAAGUUCUAAACUUAUAGUGGAUGGUGCCAUGAUUCCUGUAAGUUUUCAGGCAUUUUCUUCCUUUAUUAUUGUCUGUUUCAAAUCCAAUGAUCUCUCUUUCUAAUCUGCAUGUGCUUUUUGGACUUUCACUGUGUCAAUAAUCACUCUACUUACCGAAAAUCAAUGUCUCGUGCCAUCUUUAUUCACCUCUAUCCACGUGGAUUCAUGACAUUUUUUAAAAUCAUCAUGCAACUUCCUCAUUGUGUGGUGCAUUUAUUUUUGAAUACGACCAUGUCUUCUGCCCUGACUUGUAUGUUAGGCAAAUUUACAUCAGAUGUGUUAUAAAUUGGCUUUCAACUAAAAUUUUGAUUUGAUUUUUCAUUUCCAAGGUGAUGCUUUUUUUUGUGAAACUUUUGAGCUUCAUUUGACUAAAAGUUUGUUUGAAUGUGUGGUUGUGGGUGCAUUUCAAAUAAUUUUUCGUGUCAAAAUGCAUGUCAAUGAUUUUUUUUAUUUUUUAAAAAUCAUUUUUGACAUCAGCACAUUAAAACGAUCCAAAAAGUACAAACCAUAUUACAUUUUAGCCAAAAAAAAAAUUUAAAUUUUUUAAAAAUACAGGUUGAACCACAUUCCCAAACAUUACCUCGAUAGCCAACUGAAAAUGUGUCAUCUUUUUUAUAUCUAUUACUUAGAUGGCAACGUUGGACAAAAUUUACAAAUCAAAAUUGGCACAACCUGUAAGGGAAGAGAGGAGACCUGUAAAAAGGAUGCUGUUGCAAGGUAAUUGAGCAACGGCCGCAAGGUGGAAUAUUUUAAUGGGGCUCUUUGGCCGCAGAAAAUGAAUUUGAAUUGACACAUUCUUGGUUUGUGGCUUUCUAUUAGAAAUUUGACCUCACAUUUGAUUGAUGCAUUCAGUGCUCAACGGAGUAACAUUUUAUGGCUAGUCUCUGGUUGCAGAUCUGGAUAAAGUGGGAUUACUAGAACAAUUGGUGCUGCAUUUUUUGGGCAUGGACAUUAAUGUCUUGUGAUUGAGAUACAUGAACGCCUUCCGCUGCGUAUUGUGAACUGAGUUUGGCUGUUUAUAGGAUUGUGUGUUUGACUAGGCAACUUCAGAUGAUACUUGUUAUGUUAGCGCAAGUAUCAUGUACGAAUCUCCAUCCUGUUGCUGUAGUUUUGACUAUAUGUUUCAUACCUGAAAUGCUUGCCGAUCCGCAGUUAAAUUCCACUUUCUACAAAUUGUUUUGGUUUUA